GUUUUGCAAUUGAGUUCUCUGAGAGGAACUGGGCUGGUUCCCAGGCUGACGUACGUCAAGGUCUUUGGAGCAUUUGAGAAUGGAUUGAAUAUGUAUUCUGAUGGUGACACCUUCCUUGCAAAAUGUGCGAGCUGGCAAGAUGAUAAUAAGAAACCGUCCUCAAGCAGUGAGCAUUGGGACAACGCUGCAUUCUUGACAGGAGUAGACAUUUCAAGUUCGAGGUCUGGUGACGGAUUACUGGGCAUAGCAUACGUUGGGGAAUGUGGCCGGUAUGGUACAUCACUCAGUGAAUUCAUCGGAUUGGAUGCCACUAGUACUACCGCACACGAGAUUGGACACAACUUGGGCAUGUACCAUGAUUCUGAAGGUCCCGAUGGUGGUCCUAAUAACCGCUGCGCAUCAACGGGUUACUUGAUGGCUAAAAACAAAGGUGAUCAUCGCUUAGAUCUCGGCUGGUCGUCAUGUAGCCGGAGCUACUACAAUACCCGUAUCACUCAGACGACAUGCUACAACGAUGCUUGAAUUUUUACCAAGAUGUGAUUCAAAUCGACAAUGCGGGAAUAUGAUCGACAUUGUUUUUUUUCUUUCGAUUUAAAGUUUUUAAAAUGCAUUAAAAAUAGGUCACUUGAAAGUAUUGUUUUCAUUCGUGAAGGACUGUUUCCAUUGUUCAGCUCUUAUACCAAUACCGAUAACACUCUACACGUAUAGAACCCUGUAUGUAUAAUUAUAUUGGUACAGGAGGACACAAUAGUGUGACAAUCAUGUAAAAUGUGUUAAUUCUGUCUUGAAAGUGUUCGAGUUUAAACGUUUUCUUUUCGCAAAACGUGCUAUUAGGUAUUCACAUUAAUCAUUACCCCGGGAUAACAAUAAGGCGUACGACGAAAUUAGGGACUGAAGUUUCAAAAUUAACAAAACGCUUAGCUGCAGACCGCUGUCAGGCAACAUUUUUGGUUUGAAACAGACUGUUAAUUUGAGGAGACCACAUUCCUGGCGGAUUUUAACUUUAAAAAGGACUUGAUGAAAGCCACCAGAUAUCAUUGUGAAAUUUCCAAAACAGUCUCCCAAAUUGAGCCUCUUCACCUGUAUUGUUCAUCCAGAUUAUGUUUACACUAAUAAUCAGUCAUUAAUUGCAAGUCUUGUACUGUUCCCAAACAAUGUUUUAUGUAAAUAUUUGCUGCGGUUGUAUAAACUUGAUACAGUUUUUGUUUUCAUUUUGAGGUGAAGGGAAUACAUUUGAAUAAAUUUGAUUUGAAGCAUUGAA